UUUUUUAGUCACAUAUUAUCCGCCAUAGAUAUAACUUAUAUACAUAUAUAUAAUUCCCCAACAAACUUCACUUUUCCACCCCGCCGGCCUCAUCCACAGAUUCCCCAAUGGCCGCGACGAGGAUUUGCACCAUCCUCAUCCUCUUCGCCACCGUCUUCCUCCACCUCUCCGCCACCAUUUCCGCUAUUGGAGUAAACUACGGCACCUUCGGAAACCUCCCUUCCCCAACCCAAGUAGCCAAUUUUCUCAAAACCCAAACCAUAAUUGACAGCAUCAAGAUUUUCGACGUCAAUUCAGACAUACUCAGAGCUUUUGCCAACACCGGAAUCACGGUCACGGUCACCGUCCCCAACAAUCUGAUUCCGGCGCUUGUAAAUGUUCGCGAAGCUCGCAGGUGGGUCGCAGCCAACAUCGCUCCUUUCCAUCCACAAACCAGAAUCAACCGCAUCUCAGUCGGAAAUGAAGUCCUGCUCACCCUCGACAAUAAUUUAAUUUCCAAUCUUGUCCCCGCCAUGAGAAGUCUCCACCGAGCCCUGAUGCGCUCUGGAAUACGAGACAUUCAGGUCACAAGCGCACAUGCACUUAACAUAAUCGCAUUCGACCUCACCGCUUCACCGAGCUCAGUCCGGUUCAGACCGGGUUGGGACGUGGGGGUUUUAGCGCCAAUGCUCCAGUUUUUACGGCAGACGAGAUCGCCGCUAAUGGUGAACCCGUAUCCGUAUUUUGGGUUUGAUCCGAACAAUGUAAACUACGCGAUUUUCAGGCCGAACCGAGGGAUCCGCGACAGAUUCACAGGCCACGUAUACAAGAACAGUUACGAUGCUUUAAUUGAUGGGACAUACUCGGCCAUGAAAGCUUUGGGUUAUGGCGACGUGGGGCUGGUAAUCGGAGAAACGGGUUGGCCAUCGGCGUGCGACCAGUGGUUUUGCAGCCCGGAAAUUGCAGCUGGGUUUAACAAAAAUGUGAUAUGGAGAGCGACAAGACAAGGGACGCCAUUGUUGCCUAGAAAACGAUUCGAGACUUACAUUUUUGCUUUGUUUAAUGAAGAGUUGAAGCCAGGUCCAACUGCAGAAAGGAACUGGGGAUUGUUUAGACCAGAUUUCAGUCCGGUCUAUGAUGUCGGAAUCAUGCGAAACGGGGGUGGUGGAGGACAUGUAAGGCCAAGACCAUUGCCAGGGAAGAAAUGGUGCGUGCCAAAACCUCAAGCCAACAAUGCACAGCUGCAAGCCAACAUAGACUACGUGUGCAGCCAAGGAAUUGACUGCCGCCCUAUUCAACCCGGCGGUAUCUGCUUCAACCCCAACACCUUGGCCGCACACGCAGCCUAUGCCAUGAACUCCUUCUACCAACUCCGAGGCCACGCCGCCCAUACCUGCGAUUUCUCCGGCACAGGUCUAUUAACCGCGGCUGACCCCAGCUCUGGAUCAUGUAGAUACAUAUGAUGGACCUGAAUGUCUAAGUAUAAGAGAAGAACAGCACUUUGUAGAGCUUGCAGACUCUGAUUCAAGAUCUUGAUGUGGCAAAUGCCUUUUGUUUUUUUUUAAAGGAAAUUCUUUAACUCAUGAAUUGUGUCUGCUACCUGCAGAUAAUUUUGUGUUUAAUUUAUUUUCAGAGUUUCAGAGA